AUGCUCUCGCUCCGGUCUCAACACGUAGGCGCUCAACUGCGCGCACGCGUGCAUCUCCGGCACGGAACCGACAACAUCGAGAAUCACGCCCCCGACUCGCCGCUCACGAGCGACUCCCCUCUCUCUGCUGACGAAAACUUGAGUCGAGACAACUUGAGUGAGGACGACGAAUUGAGUGAGGACGGCGACCUGAGUGAGGAAGACCACUUGAGUGAGGAAGAAGACAAAUUGGGUGAAGAAGACUUGAGAGGGGACCACUUGAGUGAGGAUCCGCUCCCUGGGAGUGAGGACUCGCUGACUGGGAGUGAGGACUCGCUGACUGGGAGUGAGGACGACUCGCCGCUUUUGAGCGCGGACUCAAAAGCCGCAGGUCGGCCGACCGAGUCGCGGCGGGUGCUGGGGGCGCGGCGGCCUUCCGAGACUCGACGAGUGAUAGUGGUGUCCAGUAGUAGCGAAGACGACCUGGCGGUGUGCGUAGAAAGCGAGGAAGACCGCGUCACGGGUGGGCAGAAACGCGGAGAGCCCAAGCCCGCUGGUCGGCGGUACUCUUUCAAACGGCGACGAGGUCGGGCCGUGCCCUACACCUUCACUCCCCCCGCUGAAGAGGGCGACGCGCGAUACUUAAAGGUACCAGUGGUGGGCGGCGGUGUUGAAGUUGGUCCGUCGACGAUUGCGGGUGGUGGGAGUGGGUUAUUUACGGCGCGUGCAUUCCGGAAGGGAGAGUUGGUGACAGAAUAUGUGGGCGAGAUUUUAGACCGGGCGGAGGCAGAGCGUCGGUGCAGUGUGGGUCAGUUUCAGUAUAUUGGUACGCUACAGGCGCAGCAGUAUUACAUUGAUGGGUUACGUGUCCCGGAGGCAGGACGUGGUGGUGCGAGUUUCAUCAAUCAUGCCCAACCGAAACUGGCUAACGCCGCCUGGGUCGAAGUCGCCGAUCGUCGUCUCUGCUUCCCUCGCAAAUUCGCUCGUGCCACACGCGCCCUUGCACCGGGCACGGAAGUCUUCAUCAACUACGGCAAAACCUACUGGCGUCGCAUGAAAAGAUGGCACGACUCCAUCCAGCGCCAGGGUCUCGACAACCUCAGUGACUACCAAGGCAGUGACCUCGAUGACUUCGUUUGCGACUACGACGAUUUUAUCAGCAAACCCUACCUACCUCUCACUAGCUAG